CCUGCUUUCACUUUUGAACUCGCAACAACAAGAAUUGAUGGAAAAUGGCGUCAAACAAAGAUGCAGCAACACCUAGGAGUAAAAGAAGUAUGAGUCCACCCCCUGAAAUGUCUGAGCUGAGGAUCGUUCUGUUGGGGAAGAGACUCCAACACACCAGUAUGGUAGGAAAUUUUAUACUGGGAAGAGAUGCAUUUGAGACUGAAGCUCCUCCAGAUUCAGUAAAGCAGCGCAGUGAGAGAGCCUGUGGACAUGUGGAAGGAACGAACAUCACCAUCAUCAAUGCAGCUCAUUUAUUUAACUCACCAUUAAAACCUGAGGAACUGAAAGAGUGUGUAGAUCUUUGUGCUCCAGGACCUCAUGCAUUUUUACUUGUGAUAGAGGCUCAUGACUUCACAGAGGAAGACAAGAACCAACUGGGAUCAUUACUAAAUUGCUUCAGUGAACAAGCAAUAAACUAUGCCUUUGUGAUUGAUAUAACACAGGAUUCUAAAAUUGAAAAGUCUGGAGGACAGUCAGACGCUUCUCAAAAAUUAAUAGAGGAAUGUGGUCAGAGGUAUCGUAAAUAUUAGCAACUACAGAAAAAUAAGAAUUCACAUGGUCAGAUUUUUGAUGACAUCAGAAAUGUGGUCAAAGAGAAUGGAGGAAAUUGUCUCAUAUGUGAGCGUUUUAAAGAUGUGCAUGAGAAAUAUUUCCAAACUGAUGAAAACCUUGAGAGAGAGGGAGAGAGGACAACACAAGAUCUUUCUGAUGACACAAAGGAGAAGCCAUCUCUUAUGAGAAUUGUCUUGAAUAAAAUUGGUAAGUUCACAAAUCUAUUUUGUCAUAACUGUGCUAGAAUGUGCAGUUUUAGUAGAUGGCAUUCAGAGCAAAAGACUGGAGAACACUCGAAAAGGAUGCAAGGAAGUGAUUCCUCAUUGCCACUGUUGAACUUGGUCUUGUGUGGAAGUGAUGAAGCACUAAAGACCUCCAUAUCAGAGCUCAUAUUGAGCCAGAGAGACGUGAAGACUGGAAUAGUCGACAGAUAUCGUCUCAGGCUGGAGGUGAUGCCAAGUCUCUACAACACUCAUCUCUCAGAUGAAGAAGUGAUGCAAGAGAUUCUUCGCUGUAUCUCUCUUGAUAAUCCUGUCCACACUUUUCUUUUCAUCAUUCCUGUUGGUCCUCUCACAGAUGAUGUCAAAGGAGAAAUAGAGACGAUUCAAAGAAUCUUUGGUUCAAGAGUCUGUGAUCAUAGUUUAGUUCUUUUUACCAGAGAGAAUUUUGAUGAAGCUGCUGCAAGUAAAUUUGUAGAGAAAAGUUCAGAAAUGGAAGAAAUUCAACGUAUGUGUGGGGACAGAUAUAUGAUCUUGGAGAAAGAAAAAAAAAGGAGAUACAAACAGGUGACAGAACUGAUAGAGAGAGUAACAAAUAUGAGGAAGAUUUAUACUCUCCCAAUGUAUAUUGAGGCACAGAAAGAUGGAGCUAAACAGCCACUAGAGGAUGAACUGGCUGAAAUGAAGAAGCAACUUAAAGCAAAACAACAGGAUGCAGGUGCAGAGGGUGAAAACUCCAACUGUUUGAGAUUAUUACUGAUUGGGAAAACAGGAAGUGGAAAGAGUGCAACAGGAAACACUAUUCUAGGAAGAGACGAGUUUGAGAGUGACCUGAGCAUGAAUUCUACGACAGGAAUGUGUCAGAAGGGAUUUGGAGAAGUACAGGGCAGAUCAGUAGCUGUUGUGGACACUCCAGGACUCUUUGACACCACACUCUCAAAUGAAGAAGUAACACAAGAAAUUGUGAAGUGUGUCUCAAUGGUGGCACCAGGACCACAUGCCUUCAUCAUUGUGCUGAGUUUGGAAAGGUUUACUGAGGAAGAGAAGCAAACACUGAAUCUGAUUAAGAAGAUGUUUGGUCCUGAUGCUAUAAAGUACAGUAUGGUGCUGUUUACUGGAGGAGAUAAUCUGCAAAAUAAAACACUUGAAGAUUAUCUUAAAGCUGGUAAUAAUCCACAUGUGAACAAUGUAAUCAGAGACUGUGGUGGAAGAGUUCUCUUGUUUAAUAACAAUAUAGAAGAUACCAAACAAGUUAGUGAGCUUCUCCAAAUGAUCGAAGAAAUGAUAAAGUUCAACAGGGACAAUUACUUUACUAAUGAGAUGUUUGAGAAGGCAGAGAUGUCGAUACAACAGAAACAGAAGGAAAUGCUAAAAGAGAUAGAGGAGCAUAUGCAAGCUGAGAGAGAGGCUCUGAAGAACAGAUAUGAAGAAGAACUGGAACAGAUGAGAAAUAAUAUGGAGAAAGAGAGAGAGAGAUUGGAAGAGGAAAGAUGUAAAAGGGAAAACAUGUUUAAGGAGAGGGAAGAAGAAAUGAGGCGAGAAUAUGAGAAGAAAGAAGAAGAAGAGAAAGAGAAAUGGUUAAAAGAGAACCAAAGAAGAGAAGAAGAGGAAAAACAACAGACUGCAGAAAAUAACCGCAUGAUGGAGGAGAUGAGGAAAGAACUAGAACAUCAAAAAGUUACAUUUCUCCAACAGCAAACUGAAAGAGAUGAGGAGGACAGAAAAAGGGCAGAGAGAGAGAGAGAGGAUAAAGAACGCUUUGAACAACAACAAAAGGAAACAAUUACACAAAUAAAACUCAAACAGGAAGAAGAAAUCCAAAGGAGACAUGAGGAAGAACAAAAGAGAAGAAAAGAACAGGAAGAAGAGAGAGAAAACUGGAAGAGAAAAAUGAAGGAGGCAGAAAAUGAUAAAAAAGAAAUUAAAGAAGAAAUUGAAAGGAAACUGAGAGAACGGGAGAUUGAAUGGAAAGAGCAGAUGGGAGAGAGAGAUGAUGAAUACAGGAGAACAAAAGAGAGACACGCUGAAGAACUGAGAGCACAAGAGGAAACUCAGGAUCAAAUGAGGAAAAGGUUUGAAAAGGAAAGAGAAAAAGAGAGAAAUGAGUGGCAGGAGAGAGAAAGGAGGAAACGAGAGCAAAUAGAGAGAGAGUAUGAGGAAAGUAAAGAGAAAAUAAUGCAGGAGUAUGAGGAACGGGAAAAAAUAAGAAAAGAAGAAUGGAAUAAAAGAAUCCAAGAAGACAAUAAAAGAAGAGAAGAGGAGCAAAAGAGUCUACAGAGACUGAAAGAAAGGAUGGAAGCAGAAAGGCAAGAGGAAAUGAAAAGGAGAGAGAAAGAAGAUAAAGAGAGAAAAGAAAAAGCAGACAAAGCCUAUGAGGAAAUGAAAAAUGACUAUGAGAAGAAAAUGAAAGAAAUGGACAGUAAAUAUAAAGAUGAAGCUAGAAAAAAAGCUGAAGAGAGAAAUGAUUUAGAGAAAAAAUAUAAAAAAGAAAUAGAAGAAUUAAUUAAAAAAUAUAAUGCUUUAGGUUUUCUCAAAGCUCAAUGCAAUAUCUUUUAAAAACCUAAUUAUACCUGAAUGUUUACAUUCACACAAGACAAAAUAACCUACAUUAUUGAGAAAUCAUACUUCAUACACUUUUUAUCACAAGAAAGAUAGAGACUUUUUAUAGAUAAGUUGGGUUAAUCAUUUAGCUCUAUUUCACUGAUCCUAACCACCAGUGAAACCUUUAACAAAGUCAUCAGAUGCUACACUUUACUGCUUCUUAGCCUUGUACACAGAGGAACUGUAGCCCAACACUGCACACUGUCACGUCUUCAACUACUGAUACCUCUGAGGAUAUACGUCAUGUCCCUGCUUUAGCUGUGCAGGUUGCUUUGCUUGUAGACUUCAGAACAAAGACACAUUCCUCCUGCUGUUAUCAUGGAGAUUUAUAUGCUUUUGUUCCUGGUCUGAACUCAACUGAAACAGAGAAUCUGAAUGGUUCAUGAAUUAAAAGGAGAAAUGAAGUGACAUUAAUGUGAAAUGAAUGGUUUAUCAUUGAGUAAUACAAGAAAAACUUAUGACGAGAGUCUGUGUAACUCUGUUAAUCAUAUCUGUAAAUAUUGUAAUGUGUCAUUAUACUGUAGAAUUAGAACCCUUUCAUAUCAGGCCUGUUAUCCAGGAGGAGAUACACUGUACUAUGCUUAUAUUAACUAUCAUCAUAUUUCAUUUAUAUGUGAGGGUCUUGUGCCAGAGUAAACAUGUCUGAUGCUCCACUGCAUUUUGUUCUUGGGGAGUGUUUUGAGUGUUGUUCAGUAUAUUUUUAUUCUAUUAUAAUUUGGUAUUAUGCAGUAUAUGGGUAUUAUAUUGUUGUUUAGGGGCAAUGUCAAUCAGGAAGACAAAUCAUGUCAAUUUUAUAGUUGACUAUUAAUACAUGGUAUAUUCAUUAUUCUGUUUUAAU